AAACCUCCCAAAAUUUUCUAUAUAUACUUAAACACCCACCCACCAAGCAACCAGACACCAUCCAUCUCCCUCCAAGCAUCUCUCUACUGAUCCUUUAGCCUCUAUCCACUUAACUCCAGCCUGAUAACUUCCUUCAUAGACUCAUUACUAGAGUCUCAUGGCUCAACUCAUCAUCAAUUCUUUACUUCUUGUUCUAAUACUACUCUUCGUCCAGUUGUUCUCAUCAGUAAAAGCAGCAGUCUACGACCUCACAGACUUUGGCGCUAAAUCGGACGGCGAGACGGAUUCGAGCAAAUCAUUCCUUAGUGCAUGGGAUGCUGCCUGCGGCUCGCCGGAGCCGGCGACCAUCCAUGUACCUGCGGGCUUCUUCUUGGUGGGUCAGAUAACUUUCAGUGGCCCCUGUAAGAGCAGCAAGAUCACUCUCCAGAUCGACGGGACCCUCGUUGCACCGUCUUACGACAGUCUCGGAAAGGUCGGGGAGUGGAUGGUGUUUGCUCAAGUCGAGGGUGUCUCGGUGCACGGCGGCACCAUCGACGGUCGUGGCUCGUCUCUCUGGUCCUGCAAGGCUGCCGGCGGGAGCUGCCCCGAUGGCGCAACGUCCUUAGCGUUCAAGAGCUCGAAGGACAUCAUGAUCAGUGGGCUGACGUCGAUCAACAGCGAGAUGUUCCACAUUGUGAUCGACGACUGCCAGGGGGUGACGGUGCAAGGUGUCAAGAUCACAGCUCCGGGGAGCAGCCCCAACACCGACGGCAUCCACGUCCAGGGAUCCGCCGACGUGACGAUUACCGGGACCGGCAUCAAGACCGGCGACGACUGCAUCUCGAUCGGGCCCGGGACGACGAACAUAUGGAUCGAGCAGGUCACCUGCGGUCCUGGCCAUGGCAUAAGCAUCGGGAGCUUGGGGAAGGAGUAUGACGAGGAGGGGGUGGAGAACGUGACGGUGAGGACGGCGGUGUUCACGGGAACGCAGAACGGGCUGCGGAUAAAGACGUGGGGGAGGCCGAGCCAAGGGUUCGUCAGGGGUGUGGUGUUCGAACACGCCACGAUGCAAAAUGUCCAAAAUCCCAUAAUCAUCGACCAGAAUUACUGCAACGGCCACCGUGGAUGCGCGGACAAGAGUUCUGGCGUGAAGAUAAGUGAGGUGACAUACACUGAUAUCCAAGGAUCAUCUGCAUCACAAGUGGCCAUGAACUUUGACUGCAGUGCAAGCAAUCCAUGCAGUGGAAUUGAGCUGCAAGACAUCAAGCUCACCUAUGAGAACCAGCCAGCAGAAGCAUCUUGUAAUCACGCCGAUGGCACUACCUCUGGUUUUGUUGUGCCACCGAGUUGUUUAUGAUCGCUCUUGAGUCGCAAAAUUACCGAGAUUAAUAUGUUGUGGCACGAGAUAGUUAUUUGAUAUGUAAAACUAUUAAUUCCUCCUCUAAUCUCAUAUGCAUGUGUAGUCUCUUCCAUUAUCACAUGAAAUCUUAGAAUUACCUGAUAGCAUAAA